CAGUUGGUGAUGGAGUUUUGUGGCGCUGGCUCUGUCACUGACCUGAUCAAGAACACAAAAGGUAACACCUUGAAGGAGGAGUGGAUCGCAUACAUCUGCAGGGAGAUCUUACGAGGGCUGAGUCAUCUGCACCAGCAUAAAGUGAUUCAUCGAGAUAUUAAAGGGCAGAAUGUCUUGCUGACUGAGAAUGCCGAAGUUAAACUAGUGGACUUUGGCGUCAGUGCCCAGCUCGAUCGAACAGUGGGCAGGAGAAAUACCUUCAUCGGGACCCCUUACUGGAUGGCACCAGAAGUCAUUGCCUGUGACGAAAACCCAGACGCCACAUACGAUUUCAAGGUUUGACUUCUUCAUUGUCUCUUCGUGUG